AUGAAAUGCAUGAUGGGGCUGUAUUCCAGUGGUGCGCUGGGCGGCGUCGAGGUGUUGGACGGCGGGCUGGUGGGCGGCGAGCUGACCGCACAUGUCUUGAGCGCGCAGGCCGCCGCGCACGCCGCCGCCACCGCCGCCGCGGCCGCUCAUCAACAGCAGCAGAUGGCAGUGCAGCAAAUCAAAACGUCUCCGUCGUCCGGUCGGUCGACCCCAGUGAAUCCUGCAUCCGUAGCACCACCCACCGGUGCCUCAUCACCGUCUCCAAGCAAGCUCUUCGUGGGCGGGCUCAGUUGGCAGACCAGCUCGGACAAGCUGAGAGAAUACUUUGCGAUGUUCGGACCGGUGACCGAUGUCUUGAUUAUGAAGGAUCCGGUUACACAGCGUUCGCGCGGCUUCGGCUUUAUAACGUUCCAGGAGGCGUCGUCCGUCGACAAAGUGCUGGCUGUCCCGGUCCACACCCUCGACGGAAAACGCAUCGACCCCAAGCACGCGACGCCGAAGUCAGCCCCUCGCCCCGCCAAGACCAAGAAGAUUUUCGUCGGCGGCGUCGGACAAGACACUUCUGCCGAAGAAGUACGCGCGUACUUCUCCCAGUUUGGAUUAGUUGAAGAUGCGGUCAUGCUGAUGGAUCAGCAGACCAAACGCCACCGCGGCUUCGGCUUCGUAACCUUCCAUUCAGAGGAGGCAGUGGAACGCGUUUGCGAUAUCCACUUCCACACGAUCAAGAAUAAAAAGGUGGAGUGCAAACGCGCUCAGCCGAAAGAGGCUGUAGCGGCUGCACCUUUAGCGCUCGGCAAGAGGCUGGUUCUACGGCCGGGCCGUGGCUUGGUGUACGCCACGGGAGGCGUCGGCGCCGUGCCGGCCGUCGGCGCCGCUCACGCUUACAGGUACGCUCCCUACGCGCUGCCCACAGCCGCCGCCACCACAACCCUAGUGGCGCCACCGGCACCGGCGCCGGCGCCCGCUCUGCCGCAGUUCGGCGCCGCUUACUCUCUAGCCGGCGUCGACAUGUCCUCGUUCCAAGGCGUCGACUGGGGCGCCAUGUACGGACUCCCCAUGUACAUCUAAGCUCUCCGGCGCCACCCCGAAGGUUAAUAGGCCGCGCUGCGACUUUUUCUUUUCACGACAGUUCCUAUGUUUUACUUUAGGCUCGUCGGCUAUCAGUAUUGGCGUGUAGGCUAGCUCGGUCGCACGACCGUUUCAAAGAUGACGCAUUUUUUAUUUAAGGUGAUCUCAGAUAUAAUUUAGGAUGCGAGAGGAAGCAAUCUCCCACUGUCAUGGUUUAGUAGAUAGUGCACGAACGUUGGCAAUAUAUUCUUAACUAUUAUUUAUAUUGUAGCGACGAAUGUAUGAAUCUCAUUGCAGCUCUGUAUUUUUUAUUAUAAUAAGCGUAUUUUUAACGCGCUGCGACUCGUGACGUCAUGGUUUUAAUAGUGCCAUUUUGUUCAAAGAUGUUUCAAUUAGUUUUCGAUACACCCUACAAGCGAGCCGACCUCGUGGUCAGUUACAUUUCAAAUAUGAUUUUUAUUCGAUGACGUUUAAUUAAGGACAGUUUGCUCAAAUUUAGUAUUGAAAUUCCUACCUUAAAUUGUGCCAAAUCGUCAUUUUUUGUAGGAUGUAUAAAAUAAUCUUCAAUUAAUAUUAGCUGUUUCGAUUUCACGAGCUUAUGUAAGAUGGCAAACGCAAUUUUAUCGUAGAGCAAUUACGAGUUGUAGUAACUGGAACGUUUUACAAAAAAAUGACGUGAACAUCGAGAAAAUGCUAAAAAUAGGCGUCUUUCGUGCUUUGUUGCGUUCAAAAACCGCGCUUUUGUGACCGUAAAUGACAUUUCGUCAUAAUGACGCGCAACGUUGACGAAAAUGACGCCCCACCGUCAUAAUGACGCCCAUCACGUCACGGGGCGUAGCGCGCCUCACAGCUCACGUACUAUCACAUACAUAUCUAACUGAGUAAGCAAUUCAUAUACAUAAUAUGUAUGACUUAUUUACGUAGAUAUAUUUAUAGUGUGGGCCGAGAAUGUUGCAGUGGCAUUUAAAUAUACGAAAUAUAUUAUAAUAUAAUAUAUUAUUUACAGCAGAUUUACGUAUAUUCGCGCUUUAAAAUUCAGAGAAGAGUUUUAUUUUUAUUGUUUGAUUAUAUUUAAAUAUUAAUAUGUAUUGGCAACUUUUCGGUUAAUAUUUCCUUGAAACAGUUGUCUCUAUUUACUUAUAGAACAGAUAUUUAUUAUUUUUAGCUAUUUAAUAGUUAUAAUUUAUCAGCAUAGCUUAACUGAAAACCAUCAGUCAAACCUGAUGUCUCGCAAUAAUAUGUAAUAGACAGAUACACGCAAUAUAAGUCAUAAAUCAAACUACUUCCACUUUAAGUGCCACUGCAUCGUCUCAGCUAUAAGUAAUUAGUAUUAUAAUUAGUGUAGCUGAUACCAGGGAAUGCGAUAUGCAACUAACACCGCAGCGUGUCAAAUGACAAUAAGCUAUAUAUAAGCUGUAGACAGCCUGCCUUUGCCUGCGUUCCGUCGCCGAGCCACCCUGGUCGUGGGUUAUAAUGACAACUAUAGUUUAACCGCUGGAUUGUGCCAAUCGAAAUCUUGCCAGACCACCGCGUUGGGCGCCAUCUUUCGAGCCACCACCGCGUUGGGCGCCAUUUUAGUCGGCAUUUUACGUUUGAGCGUGUAUGCUUAAAAUUUAUUCGGAAGCAAAGCUGUAACUUAUCAUUCAAGUAAUAGUCUUGCCAUCCCACCUAGUGAGGUGCCAUUUUAGUAAGCAGAAAGUCUUAGAACAAUUUUAUGAACUUCGGCUUCUUACACACGCAAUACAGCUGCAUUAGUACUGCCAAAGCUGCAAAAUUGGCAGUUUUGGUGUUGUUUGAAACAAUAUUACGACUGCACGUUUGUAAUUGCUUCAAGAGAAAACCAACUUCAAUAAAACUGUAAUAACUAACGCAAAAAUAUACAGUUAGCACUUUCAAUACAAUAACGCCAACUGCAUCCAAACUGAAAUUCUGCAGUUAGGAGUCCUAAAGCAGUCUGUAAUAAGUCUCUUACCCAGUGUCAAGUGAAAAACGUGACCAUAAAGUAACUACUGAUGAAAAUUUAUCAAAUAUUAGCUUGCUUUGGUUUUUAUAGUAUACAAGGCAAUGUAAACGCUAGUGGGACAUUAUACUUAAUAUCUCAAACUCUCAAUUACAAAACGUACUUAAAAG